UUCAGAGGUCAUCCUGUGUAUCGCGUCAGCAGCAGCGGACUGUCACUAUCAUACCGGUCUCACUCCACCUUCUACCGGCUGUGUGGGCAUUUACACCCCGGUAUUCUACCUUAUCUGAUAAAAAUGGCCAAAAAGCGAAGGGACAGACGAGAGGGCGACGGUGUAUCCUCGACACAGGCGGAGAUGAAGGCGAAUGAUAGUGACUCUCAUGCCCGGAAAGAGACGAAACAUAAUGCAGGCGGCUCAGCGCGAAUGUCUCUCCUGAUCCUGGUGACUAUCUUCAUCUGCUCUGCCUCAGUCAUGUACCUAGUCUACAGGAACUUCCCAGAGCUUCCAAAUGAUGAAAUGGAGAAAAUCAAGAUCCCAAAAAACAUGGAUGAUGCCAAAGCUUUGGGAACUGUGUUGUCCAAAUACAAAGACACCUACUACACCCAAGUGUUGGUGGCCUACUUUGCAACAUAUAUUUUCCUCCAGACAUUUGCAAUCCCUGGAUCUAUCUUCCUCAGCAUCCUGUCUGGCUAUCUUUAUCCUUUUCCCUUGGCUCUUUUCUUAGUUUGCUUGUGUUCUGGCCUGGGUGCGUCCUUUUGCUACAUGCUGUCAUAUCUGGUGGGCAGACCCAUGGUCCAUAAAUAUCUCACAGAGCGAGCACAGAAAUGGUCUCAGCAGGUUGACAAACACAGAGAUCAUUUAAUCAACUACAUCAUCUUCCUGAGGAUAACUCCCUUUCUUCCAAACUGGUUCAUCAACAUCGCCUCGCCUGUCAUCAAUGUGCCUUUGGGAGUUUUCUUCAUUGGUACCUUUUUUGGAGUCGCGCCCCCGUCCUUCGUCGCGAUCAAUGCAGGUACAACACUGUACAAACUGACCACAGCUGGGGAGGCCGUGUCCUGGAACUCUCUGGCUGUGCUCGGCGUUCUCGCCGUGCUCUCCAUCUUGCCUGUCUGCUUCCAGAAGAAGCUGCAGCAGAAAUUAGAGUAGAUCACUGUAAAGUAACACCUCAGAACCUCAUCUGCUGGCUGAUCCAAACACCCUCGCUCCCCUCCCUUGGCUCAGGAACAUGCAGCUGUCACUCAGUUUUGCUGCUGGGUCUGGUCUGGUCUGGUGCUGGUGCUGGUGCUGGUGGGAGAAUCUCUGCCGUCUGGCACAGGCACUCGUUGAUGCCAGAAUGCAUGCAGUGGUGGCUCGUUCUAAAUGAGUGUAAAAUGGCCGCUGCUUGCACAAGUUUUUUUUUUAUUCUGUUUGUGUGGAUUCUGUUGUUAAUCUUGGCACAUCGUGUAAAUACGAGUAAAACUUUUUUUUUUCAAUUAAAUACUUGUUUGUUAGGCAGUUAUAGGUGCUACUAGUAGGGUGAUGUGUUCAGGCAACUGCAAACAUCUCUGUCUCCUAGUAGUAGCAUAUCAAUUACCUCAUCCUAUUUGUAGCACCUUUUAAUUAAGUUUUAAUUUAUUUUGAUUCAAUCGAUUUCAACCUAAUGAAGUGCACCGCCACAGCAAUAAUUGUCACACAACUGUUGAAAGUACUUUUUUUUCUACCUGGAGCUUGCCUUGGCAAACGUAUGCAGCAUGAGGAAAGGAUGGAAGUGCAAUGACUCAUCUUAGCAAGUGCUGCUUCUGUUGAUAUGUUAGGUUGUUACCCCGUGUUCUUCCUCGAAAAGUACCUGGAUCCACUGCCUCAAUUGGCUCUUUUUAGUUCUACCCACUUCCCUCUGUACUUGCCAUUGUUACUGUAGUUUGUAAACAACAAGGAAGUUUGUGUAAAAUGUUUUCACAUGUUUAGCCCAGUGUCAAACUGGUAUUUGCAAUUAAUCAGUGAGCGUGGAUUAAGUCAAAAGAAGAUAAUUAAGUGUAAUAAAAUCCACACAAAUGUUCAAUUUAUCUACAUCGACAAUAAUAAUGUCCAACUUUUUAGGCAUGUAUGUUGAGAUUGUGUUUAUUUGUCUGUGUCCCAUGACAUCGUUUUGCUAUGCCAGUGUAGAACUGCAGAGAAUGUCCUUAAUACAACUGCCAAAAGACUGAGCGAUGUCCCAGUCUUGCCUUGCUUUUUACUGCUUCCAUUCUUCACCAGGAGUUAUUAUUAUUUUUAUUAUUAUGAUGUCUGAUUUAAGUUGUUUUUGGAGGUUUUGUUUUGAAUGACUUAUUCUGUUGUGUUGUUUUGAAAGAUUCAUUUUAUGUGUCAUGGUUUUCUUUCACCAAGGUAACUUAUUAUUAUUGUCGUGUGAAAUAUUUCUGCACAGAGACACUAAAGCAUCGGAUUUCGAAGAUGGAUGGUUGGAUGGGGGGGUGCAUUUUGAGAUUUGCUGUUGUGUGUGUGUGUGUGUAUGUACUGCUGUAACAUUCAUUUCAAAACAAUGUAGACAAUGUUUUGUAAAAACAUCUGUUCAACCGUGGGAGAGUACAAAGUCUUAAAAACACUAACUCGCAAUCAGAAACUGCUGGGUUCUUUUGUGCAUGAGGGACGUGAAGUUCUUUGUGUCUGCACCUUCAAAAAGGUGCUCGAGUCAGCAACGAGAUUUCUAUAACCUUUUUUUAAUCAAAACCAGAUUCUCACUAAUGUUAAACCGUAACAAAUGAAUAUUCUAGCUUUUAAUUUAAUUUCCUUCAUUGUUUUCAUAAAAUAUUUGAACCUGAAUCUAAACUUAAAAAUCAGAUUUUUCAUCGUUAGUUUUUGUCCUAUCAAAGAUAAUGUGAUGUGUAACCCUCUGUUUAACAUUUCAAAAGGCAGUAUUGUUUUGUAUGGGGCAAUGAUGUAUUGCAGUAUGAAGUGUUUACAGAUUGCACAUUUAUGUCCUAUCUUUUUUUAUAUAUAUAUUUAUUGAAUCAUUAAAACUCUUUACAAAAUA